GGGCUGAGAAAACAAAGUACCAGAAGAACCAGCUGUGGAAAGACUCUGUGGUGAAUGUCGACAGGAUGUCCAGCCAGUUGGCCGUUUAUUUGUAAAUGGAUUAGAGGCAAGUUGUGACCAUGCGCUGCCUGGCUGCUCGUGUGAACUACAAGACCCUCAUCGUUAUCUGCGCCCUCUUCACACUCAUCACUGUGUUGCUAUGGAACCGCUGCUCCAGUGACACCUCCCUGCGCUUCCUGCCCCGCGCUGCCUUGGUGGCUCCAAGUCCCAAGGUGGGGGAUGCUAGCAUCAGCAGCCAACAACACCCUCCGCAACCUCCAGAGCCCCCGCCUGUUGUCGGGGUCGUCGGCGGGAUUAAGUAUGAAGAAAUCGACUGCCUGAUCAAUGAUGAGUCUACUAUCAAAGGCCGGCGAGAGGGUGGGGAGAUCUACCUGCCCUUCAGCUGGAUGGAGAAAUACUUUGAGGUGUACGGCAAAGUAGCGCAGUACGACGGCUACGAUCGGUUUGAGUUCCAGCACAGCUAUUCAAAGGUUUACGCUCAGCGUGAGCCCUACCACCCCGAUGGAGUCUUCAUGUCGUUCGAGGGAUACAAUGUGGAGGUCCGCGACCGUGUCAAGUGUAUAAGUGGAGUGGAAGGCGUGCCUCUGUCCACUCAGUGGGGCCCUCAGGGCUACUUCUACGCCAUCCAGAUUGCUCAGUACGGCUUGAGCCAUUACAGCAAAAACCUGACCGAGCGCCCUCCCCACGUAGAGGUCUAUGAUACAGCAGAGGAGAGAGACAGCCGGGCAAGCACGGCUCCCUGGAGCGUGCCGAAAGGUUGCGGUCUCAGCCGCGUCUACGAUAAGAUCCGAACUACCACCGUGCGUCAGUUCAGUGCUCCAGAGUCUUCCGAAGGCGUGUCCCUCCAGCUGGGUAACUCCAAAGACUUCAUCCUCAGCUUGGACGUCAAGUUCAUCUCCAAUGGCAGUGUGUCUGUGAUCCUGGAAACCACAGAGAAGGGCCCGCCCUUCACUAUCCACUAUGUGACCAGCACGCAGCUCAUCGCCUUCAAAGACCGAGAAAUCACUUACGGUAUCGGUUCACGAACUUCCUGGAGCACUCUGACGCGAGACCUGCUCACCGACCUCAGGAAGGGUGUCGGACUGUCCAACACCAAGGCUGUGAAGGUCACAAAGAUUAUGCCCAGACGGGUGGUGCGAUUAGUCCUAUAUGGGCGUGGCUUCGUUGACAACGUCACCAUCUCUACCACUGCCCACAUGGCUGCCUUCUUUGCCGCCAGUGACUGGCUGCUUCGCAACCAGGAUGAACGAGGGGGCUGGCCCAUCAUGGUCACCCGAAAACUGGGUGAAGGCUUCCGGCCUCUGGAGCCCGGCUGGUACUCGGCCAUGGCUCAAGGCCAGGCCAUGUCCACCCUGGUGAGAGCCUACCUCCUCACAAAGGACCAGGCUUACCUCAACGCUGCCCUCAAGGCAGUAGGACCCUACAAGGUGCCUUCAGCGCAGCACGGGGUCAAAGCUGUGUUCAUGAACAAAUACGACUGGUAUGAAGAAUACCCCACCACACCCAGCUCCUUUGUCCUCAACGGCUUCAUCUACUCCCUGCUGGGACUCUUUGACCUGACUGAGACAGCCGGAGAGAAGCUUGGCAGGGAGGCUGGGCAGCUGUUCAGCCGCGGCAUUGAGUCACUGAAGGCCAUGCUGCCACUCUUCGACACAGGGUCUGGGAGCAUCUAUGACCUGCGUCACUUCAUGUUGGGCACAGCGCCCAAUCUGGCACGCUGGGACUAUCACACCACGCACAUUAACCAGCUACAGCUGGUGGCAUCCAUAGACAACUCUCCCAUAUUCAAGGAUGUGGUCAAGCGCUGGAAAAACUACUUAAAAGGGAUUCGUGCCAAGCACAACUAGGCAAACUAUGACUGACAUAUAGUAUAGAGCUGAGAUGAUGACUGAAAGGUUGAAUAUAUGUUACGUGUGAGAACUUAAUGGAUGAUUUAAAUGUGAGGCAAAUACUCACAUUGUGUGUCUGUGUGCGUCCCAGUUUUGGUUGAGGUUCAUAAUCUAAAGGAUGAGUUUAUUCAGCUGCAGCUCUCAACACUCGUGUGCUCUGUUGCAGGUUUUAUAUUUUCUGCAACAUUGACUGUAGCUCUACUCUCCUGUUUUCUUUUUUUCCUUGAGCUAGUGUUUGUUAUUAUGCACAGACCUAGUUUCAAAAUGUGAGUGUUCAGGAAGAGUGUGUGUGUGUGUGUGUGUGUGUGUGUGUGUGUGUGUGUUAAAGUAACAAUAUAUGUUAGAGAAUUGAAUUGUUGAAACUGAAUCACAUUUCCGACAUUCUUUGAUGCAUCCACCACAAGUCUCUUCUCCAAGUAUGUAUUUUUUUACCAUUUCAGCCAGAUUAGCAAGUUUAUUGAAACAAGUAAACUUUAAAAAAACAACGCAGAAUAUAUUAUAAAUUAUUUUGAGGAGAAUGUUGCCAAAAAAAAACAAUCUUAUCAAUACCUUUUGGAUUUUAUUUCUCCAAUGUAACCUUUUUUUUUACCCCAUAAUCUUCAAAAGUUUUAAAUGAAGAGGUAUUUUUUUUAAGCAUACCAUGUUUAAGCUGUGAGAUGAAUUAAUUUGGCUAUCAUCCCUUUACAGAAAUGCUGAAGAGUCGAAUGCUUCAUGCUUCCAAAACGGCAGCUUCCACUUCUGUUCUGAAGCCCUUUCCCCCUAAAACACAGUUAAAUUGUCACAAAUAAUUUCAGUGAGGAUUAUGUUGUUAUAUCUUCAGUGAGCUUAACUUCUUUAAACUCCUUUUUCUUUUUUUCUCCCCCUUUUUAAUAUAAAUAUUAAGUCAUGGAUUAGGUGUCUGUCAAGCUGCUUGAAAUGAGCUCUGAGGAAUAAACACCUCAAACCACUAUAUUGGAUUUCAGAUGGUUAAACCGGCUCCCAAUUACCAGAGGGUCUUCCUGCUUCCUACCCACAAUUCCACUGUGUUUAUCUGAGCUGUUGUGUCGGCACAUCUGGUCAGAGUUGUUUGCAUGACUGCAUCUUCGGUCAUGUGACUGACCCUGGGACCAGGUUGUGUUUCAGUUGAGACUGGGAUAGACUGCAGGUUGCAUGUGUUACAUUCCCUGAGAUAAACCCAUCAGGCCUGCAACAAUCUUUAAAAGAAAAAUAAAUUCUAAUUAAUGAUUCAUCCUAAUUAGACAUCAGUGCUGAAGCCACUGAAAUGCUGGUACCUUUUAUGUGAUGUUUUAAGAGGACAUCUCCGUGCUGCCAUUCUUAGCUGUAACCAAAAGUGUGUGUGUGUGUGUGUUGGUCACAGAGAAACUUAAUAAUUCAUGUGCCAUUGCAGAACACAGCUACAGUUCUGCAUCACUUUGAGUUCAGUUCAGCUCAGUUAGUAAAACAUAAGUUUCCCCCCAUCAGAGCGGAGUCGAUUUAGCACAGAUACGCUUGCAGCUGGUCACAAAUCACAGUUUGUUGUAAAGACGGCCUCUAAUUUCACUGAUCAAGCCACUGUGGCUCUGUCCUUCUCAUGUGCACAGUUUGGGUAAAGAUAGGAAACGGUCAGUCAGCCAGAUAUAUUUAACUUCAUCAUAAGUGUGUGUUGUCUUGCAGUGGACACAAGCAGGAGUGUUCAAAUUACACCGUGGCUUUCAGGGUACCCUCUUAUUCAGGGGUCGGAGGGUACUGGAUGCAUGCAUAUGUGCAAAAAUAAACCAGUAUAUUUCAGUUCGUACGGAGAAUAUUUAGCCUGGGACAACAGAGAAACAAGAAUUAUUAACCAUUACAAUGUUGUUGUUUUGUUGUUGCUCUCUGCUGAGUAAAUGGUGAAAUUCCCAUUGCUGAGACUAGACUGCACAUAUGAGCCAUCUCUGAUAAUAUUAUCAAUACUUUCUUCUGAUGUUUACAGGGUUUUUUUUACUAUUCUGACAAAGGCCUUCAGAUGUAAAUGAGUCAAUCUUGGCACAUUAGUCGUUGAUAAAUAAGAUAAAUGCAAAUAGAAAAGUCCACUGAAGUUCAGAUUUUUAAGAUUCCUUCAUCUUAUAAGCAACAUACACAGCGGCAGAAACGUUAAAUAACAUUUGUACUUUCAUUAAACUUACUUUAAAAGCCAAACUUUAGCUUCAGAUGAAUCCCUUGACUUGUCAUUGCUAAACAUUAAAAUAUUUAUGUUGCUUCACUUCCCUGGGUUUAAACGCCAACUCCAUUAGACGUAGCUACAUCUUUGUUAAUUGUCGUGCCCCCUUUUGACCUUUUUUUAACUUGUUUACUUAGAAACUCCUCUGAAAAGCUCUUCUUCUAUACAGGAUGAUAAUUGCAGGGCAGGGCAGUGCAGGUGUGUAGGUGGUGUAGAUGUAUGUGUUGUGUAUUCAGUAGAUAUACGCGUGGGCAGCAGAGGCACAGCUGCAUCUCACUAACAUGUCAAUUUAUAACAUUUAAAUAGACAAUGCCAGGAGUGCUGAAGGUCGAGGUAAAUUCUUGACAAACAGAAAGAAGCUGUCAGUCCCACCAGGCCUUCAUUUCCCCUCUCAGCUGUUGUGGGUGCAUGAACUCAGCGUUUUUAAUCUCAGUGCUGCCCUGUUGACCGCUGAACGAGGAGAAACCGGCUUGCCAAGACACUAACAAUUCACCCGGCUAAUAGGCUGGAGAGCCUGCACGUAGUACAGUCGCUAGUCGGGGAUGAGUCAGCAUUCACUGGCAUCGCUCUCACAAAGAAAACAAAGUGGAGCCCUCAGCAUUAAUGAGGCUUUCAUCGAUCUACUUUAAAGAUUAUUAAUGGGACGCAGGAGAUUGGAGCCGGUUUGUUCUUCUGAAAGGUGUUGAUGGUGAAUUUUCUUUGGUCAUUUGCAUAAAACAGGCGAAAAACUUUGAGCUGGAACCAUGUUCUCAUACACUCUUUCAAAAGUGUGAGCUUUUCAAGAAUAAAUCAGAAGAAGAAUGGGAUUCAUAUCGAUUGAAACAUUGGAUAGAAAAAAAAAAGUCAUGUCACUGAGUUGAGUUGCUUUUGUACAAACUCGUUAUUAAUUCCCCCGGGUACAUCUUCUCUGACAUUGCAGCUUCAUCUGUUACUCAACUUCCUGCAUUCAGAACUAAGUAAGAAUGUGCAACAGAGUAUUAGGGCCACUGUUAAGACAAAAAAUCUUUAGAUUUAGAGAAAAAAGUUAUAAUAUUUCAUGAAUAAAGUCAUAAUAUUAAGAGGAAAAAGAUAUAUUUUGCAAGGAAAAGUAUUAACUGUACAACACAGUUUGUAUCUGCCGUAUUGUACAGUUAUUUCAGGAAAAGCUAAAACAUGAGCAUGUAAACCAAUUUGAGUUUAAUAAUAUCGUACAACAUUUUGUUCCUUUUCACUGUAAUGCUAUGACUUUAUUCUAAUAUUACAACUUUUUUCUCUAAAUAUUUUACUUUUAAACAUAUAUUUAUAACUUUAUUCUUCAAAUAUUAGGACUUUUUCACAUACAAUUCUGCCUUUUACUUUAUUCUCAAAAUGUUUGUUUGAGUCCACCGAUUUAUACUGUGGAUGUUUUUAGUUAAAAGAUAAAAUGUCAUCCCAGAGAAGAGGUAUGAGUGCACUUUUUUCUUUGUGAUAAUCAGUUUUUUUGGAUGCUUUGUUCAUUUCCUGGUGGCAUUUUCUUCCCAUGAAUACUUGCAUAAUUCAUACUUUGCCAUUUUGACAGGACAAGUAGAAAUAUGUAGUUUUAAAGGGAACAUUCAGGAAUGGAAGUUUACUGUGUGAUUAACUUAAUCUGAAUUUUGUUUAUACCAAAGUCAUUUGAUUCAAGUACAUUUUGAAUUUGUAUAUUUUUGUGCAAACCGAUUUCCAUUCAGCAUUUAAUGACGUAAAGUCUCCUCGGAGACGCCACAGAGACACUGCCUUUUGAGAAAUGCUAGUUUUUCAAAUGUAGGUUGAAUAGAUUAUAGCUGAAGUAAGAUAUGUAAAACUUGCUUAUCGUAAAGGGGACGUGUGCAACUAGAGAUUAGCAUUUAGUCAGCUACUGUUUUAAAGGCAAAAGAGCCAAUAGCUGCAAAUUCUCCUUGAAAGUCUUUCUUCUUUUUCUUUUUUUGGAGUGCGUGUUUGCGUCAUUCAUCAAUUGUUGUAAUCAUUUGCGGAGGAGUAGGAUGUUUUGCUAGAUAGACAAAAGCACAAUGCCGUUUAUUGUCACGUGGUUUCUGUUGUAUUUCUUCUCGGAUUGCUUUGUUUUUCUUUUCAGGACAAUGUGCAACGCCUUCAUUAAGGAAGCUGCUAUUAUUGUUCACUGUGUUACAGGUAUGACAACUUCUUUUUCCUCAUUUUGGUGGGUUUUUUUUCUUUUUCUAUUUUUCCACUAUCCAUUUAAGACUUCAACACAUGACCACUGAGGUCAAAUGUGAUUUAUGCAAUAAAAUGUUUACUGGGGUUGUGACACCACAGGAGACCCAGAGCGGUUGUACAGACUUUGCAAUCGAAGCACAAUGUGCAAAUGCUACCAUUUUUUAGUCCAAGGAAGAGAGAGGUGUUUAUAUACAGAGUAAAUCUUUGUGCUUUAAAAAUUUGCUUUUUAAAGGUGUAAAAGAAAUAAAAGCAUUUUUCUUAAAUA